AUGCUGGGCCUCGUUCCGCCACCGCCCACAGGUGGCGCGAUGCGCACGACGCCGAUGCGAAUCGAACCCAAGACCUUCUUCGCCAAUGAGCGCACUUUCCUGGCUUGGCUGCACAUGGCAGUGACCCUGGGAUCGGUCAGUGCAGCGUUGCUGGGCUUUGCUGCCGGCGCCGAAACCGACACCGCGCCGGAAUCCGGCGGCGAGGCCGUUAGCCGCCAUCUCGUAGAGCUCAUCGCGCUCAUUUUGUUGCCGCUGGCGGUCUGUAUGUGUUGUUAUGCCCUGUAUGUGUUUAUCUGGCGCGCCGGCAACAUUGCAAAGAAGCGUGCCGUCCACUUUGACGACCGGAUCGGACCACUGUGUUUGUGUGGCGCAGUUGUGGUGGCAUUGGUUGCUAUCACGUUACUUAGCCUGAUUGACUUUUUCGAGCUCCUAGCCUCUGUAGAUUCCGCGCUCCCGCCGCCGCCGCCGCCGCCGGCGCUAGCCGCUACGGUACUUUGA